CAAAAACCAUUUUACAAGAUCUAAAAUAAACAGUGUCCUAUUUGCAUAUACUCUGUAUUAAAAAGAUACGGAGUAUUUGUGUAGGAUGAAAUUAUGAAAUUUACCUCGAUUCUAACCUAAUUUUGCGCUCCAAGCCGGCGGCAACGUAAAUCCACUCGUGCCCUGUUUCACUCUGGUUUAAUACGCAGCGCAAAUAUGUUCUUUACGGAAGAAGAGAAGACGAAAGUAUUUACGGUUCAUAAGACUGUGAUGAGUAUGCUGCGAGACAGGGGCUACGUGGUUGAAGAUGCUGAGAUUACUUUGACUAGAGCGGAUUUUAUUACUAAAUUUGGUGACCAUGUGACGAGAGAGAACCUCGAAAUGCAAAAGGAGAUGCACAACGACAGUUCUAAUAAGAUCAUGAUUUUCUACCCCAACGAUAGCAAGAUUGGUGUUAAGAAUAUAAGAGGUUGUCUUGAUCGCAUGAAAGCGGAAGAUAUCACCAGGGGAAUUUUGAUUCUCCAAAAGAAAUUGGCUCCACAAGCUCGUGCCUGCAUAGCUGCAGCAUCUUCAUUAUAUCUCAUAGAUGUUUUUGAGGAGGCUGAAUUAUUGUUCAACGUAAAGGAGCAUGAACUUGUUCCUGCUCACCAGCUGAUUACAACUGAAGAAAAGAAGAGAUUGUUGGAGAGAUAUACUGUGAAAGAAUCACAGCUGCCGCGGAUUUUUGUGAAUGACCCUGUUGCCAAGUACUAUGGGCUAAGACGUGGCCAAGUUGUGAAAAUCACCAGGAAAAGUGGGACCGCAGGGGACUAUGUUACGUAUCGGUAUGUUGUUUAAACUAAGCUUGUAUUCCUCUCUGAAGACAGGAAUGCAAACUAUGGAAUUGGCAUACCAGUUUUUAUGUCUCAAGCAGAGAACAGCCUACGGCAGCCUCAACCCUUUUUUCUGUUUCCUUUCUUGGAGUUGGCGUUAAAUACACCAGAUAUCUAUGAACUUAUUAUAAACGAGUUAAGUUAGGGGCAAGAAGAUGCUCAAGUAAAUGUUAGUUUGAUGAAAAUACCCUUUAAGUGGGUACGUGGGGGCUACCUAUCAUUUUCUGGUGAUUCUUGCAUAUCUUUCCGAGUAUUCAUACGCUUUGAUCUACUUUAACACAGUAUGAUUAUCUAAUUAAAAUGUAAAACUUUGAUUUCCAAUAAAUAAUAAUGACAAAAUCUUUCUUAGACUCAC